GCUGUAUACUGUAUGCGUAGGACUUUAUCAUUAUAAAAUAUCAUCACAACGGUUAUUGGCAUUCACCCAUUUAUUUGCAGGACGAUCUAGUAUUAUUAGCAGCCAUUCAAAACUCCUCACAUGUUGACUAGUGUGAAAAAGACUCAUUACAUCACACUGUUGUCCUCUAAUCUGCUUAACGCAGCUUGUGUUGUGUACAAAUAAAAACGCAUCUUGAGUUUGUUACCUGCGUGCAACACUUCACUUGUCCAAAUAGUGCGUAACUCCUCAACAAGAAAACAAAGUGUGUGUUUUGUAAGUGUGCGUGUGUGUGCGUCAUGUUGAGCAGGUGUGAGCGGCUCAGGUGAACAGCCAAUGUCUUGAGUGUGGUGUCAGUGGAUUAGUGGAGCAGAGAAGUUAACACACAGACAAACACACAUGCACACGUGUCCCAGAGUGAAGAAACAACAGACGCACGCCGGACACAAACACACAGAUAAGGUUGAAAUGUCCUGUCUGGAUGAGGUUUCCUUCAAGAUCCCUCUGGGCUUUCUUGAAGAUGCAAAGGAAGAAGUUGAGCUCAUUUCCGCUCCGGAAAUCCCUCUUCCAGACUACCUGAAGAUCCUGCAGGAAACUGAGUAUGUGUUCAGCCUGGAGAACUGGGUACUCACGGGUCUACAGGGCGGUUACUCCACCCUGAGCCCCCGAUCUUCCUGUGAGCUGACGGCGACCUGUCCUCCAUACUGGAUGAUGUUCAGCAGCCCUCAGGAGAGCCGCUUGGCCAGCCGCUGGAGCAGUGACUUCUGGGAACCAAAUCCUCGCCCACGCAGUCGCAGCUUAAACGCGGCUCACUACCGCAACAUGAACACCAGAGUCAAAUUCACCAUUUCUGACUCUGAGGAUGAAGAGUUUGCCGAAGAGGAUGGAGGUGCUGAGGGCGAAGCACAGCCCAAACAGAGAGAUUUGGCUUUGGAGAGACAAGGACCAGAGUUGAAAGACUUGCGCACUUGUAGAUCACCAAACUUUCUCAGCCUGCCUUCACCUUGCAGCCUCUCCGCACAGAACGGCCGACCCUCGUCCCUCUGCAGGCUUAAUUCUCCACAAAGACACUUCCAGAGGAGCACAUCUGCACAUUCUAACGCCUGUCCUGCAGCCUCAGCCAAUCAGCUGCAGUCUGAAGGCACAAACUAUUCCUCUCCAAAGGCCCAGAGUUCAUGGUGUCCCCCGGCCCCUUCACGGCCACUCAAUUCCCACGCUGCCGUCCUGGACUCGUCUGUGGAGCUGCUGUCGGCGCUGAGCCCAGAGGAGCGGGACCUGCUGGCGGCCGUCACUGAGCAGGGGUACCCGCUGAGGACCGCCAUCAUAGCCCUGCAGAAAACCGGCCAGCAGAGUCCAGAGCAGAUCUUGAGUUAUCUGGUGGCGUGUGAUCGCUUAUGUGAACGAGGCUAUGAGGAAGCCCAGGUUGAAGAAGCUCUUGAGAUGUUUCAGAACUGCGAGACUAAGGCUGAGGAGUUCCUGCAUCUUCUGGCUCAGUUUAAUGAAAUGGGCUUCCAGCAAAACGCCAUUAAAGAGGUCCUUCUGGUGCACGAAAACCACCGCGAGCGAGCGCUGGAGGAGCUGAUGACCCGUGUGGCCUGAUCCAGAAUCAGAAUAAUCAUGAUAUCAGGGUUUGUACUGUUCUCUGAGCUGCUGCUUAUUUAUCACACGCUGAACUGUGUUUAUUCAUUAUUGUGUUAUUAUAGACACACAGUCAACACAGGCUCGUUGUGGAUACGUACCCCUGUCUACAUUUCUGGAGAGUUCGAAUUACAAUAUAGCCAGAGGUACAUCUGGCUGCAUUAUGUCAUUAAAAU